AUGUCUUUAAGAGGGAAAACUGAUUCAGGACGUAUAAAUGUAGACGAAGAAGUGAAAACUGGUGGUAAAUUUCGUGAACUACUCAAAUUUAGAGUGAAAGCUGGAGAUGAAAUUUUAAAAAAACAUUUAACUGAAGGGAGUUCAAAUGCACAAUUUACAAGUGCUAAAGUACAAAAUCAAUUAAUAAAUAUUUGUAGUGAUAUUAUAUCAGAAAAAAUAGUUGAGAAAGUUAACCGGGCUAAGAUAUUUUCAGUUAUGGCAGAUGAAACUACUGACGUCUCUAAACAAGAGCAAAUGUCUCUAUGUAUCCGUUACAUUGAUCCGGAUUUGACAUGCCCUUUAAUUCGAGAAGAUUUUUUAAAGUUUGUAGUUGUUUCUGAUUUAAGUGGCCAAGGUCUAGCAAAAACUAUUAUUGAAAAUUUACAAUCGGCCGGUAUUAACUUAAACUUUUUAAUUGGCCAGAGUUAUGAUGGAGCGGCUUAUAUGAGUGGUCAUUUGAAUGGUGCUCAAGCUGUAAUACGUAAAAAAUAUCCAAAGGCAUUAUUUGUCCAUUUCAGUGCGCACUCUCUUAAUCUUGCAAUCAAUGAUGCUUGUAAGAUAACUGUUGUCAGAAAUACUGUGGGUAGUGUAUCGUCAGUUUGUAAUUUUUUUCGAGGGUCAGCUCAACGCACUGAUGUUUUAAAAAAGCAUGUGAUAAAUCAUUUUCCAAGUAGUAGAUAA